UCAAAACAAUGAACAAAUGGAAAGUAUUUGUUCAAAUAGGAUUGUACGCAACAGUGUGCCUCGGAAGGGAGCCCUUCAAGCCACGUGACGGCUCCGUGCCCUUUUUAGUAUAUUUUCCGUCACGGUACCGCGGCCUGUGUGUCGGGACGCUGUUGUCCAGGACGGUAGUCGUCACGGCUUGCGUGUGCAUCGCUGACCCCGAAGCUCGUGACCAGGACACCCGGCCUAUCAAUGUGGUGACGGGCGCGACGUACAGACACCCGCGUCGCGGAAUACGUGUUCAAGUCACUAAGAUUAUUAUGCCUAAGUUGUCCAACAGCACCGGGGACAGAGCCUACAUGAUACAGAAGUCUCCGGCCAUUCUUAUUCUAGCUAAAAAGGUUCCAGAUGUCCUAGCCGAAAUCCCCCUGCGCCCGAUUGACAUCGAUUACAAAGGGGAUGAAGUGCUAGCGCUGCACGAGGAGUGCUUGAUGCCCGGGUGGCAUUUCUUUUACAAGGGUGACAAAAUAUAUCCCGUCCACAAAUUCCUUCUCCAACGGAACAUUCGGGUGCAGUACUUGAUCAUUGUGAAGAAGAGCCUGUGGUGUAACACCAUUACAAUGAAGUUUCAGAAGGCUAUGACUAACUUGGGCUUCGUGGGGUACUUCGACAAGACGACAUCCAUCUGUGUCAGAGAUCCCGACAGGGAAGCACAGCCAUGCCACGGGAUGUAUGGAGCGCCUCUUAUAUGUCGCGGAAAGGCAGUGGCAAUGAUGAUGGCACCCGAUGCUCAGUGGUCUAACUGCACUGGCUGCACGAACCUCGUACAGCUGUUCAGUGCCAGCCACAUAAGAAACUUUAUGAGUUGCGUGAGCGGGUUAUUCGAAUCAGAAUUUAACCUCAGCUGGGAGACGUUCAAGAAGAGCAUCGAGAACGACUUGAGCGGCAACGGUCAUUACGAUUACCUACCGGAUGUGUACGACAAGAUGCUGGACGUCGUGAGUAGCUCCGAAGAAGUGUGAUCUUUGAACGACCGAUGCACUGUACUCACCUAAGUAACUUGACCAAUGGACUCUGACAUCACACGUGUGUCGCGCCACUGCCGCCGUCCCGCCUGUGUACUCCUCACGUGUGUCACGGUGAGUGGUAUGUCAAUGGGCGAUGGGCGUGGCACUCGAAGUUAGCCCAGUCUACAUCAAUGUUAUGUUAAUUAGGUGGGAACAGCGUUUGUAAUAAGUUUAUAACACGCUACUUGGAUCGAAAUUUCAUUCGAAUGAAGCCAAAUGAUUUUACUUAAUGAUAUUAAUUAUACUUUAAAUGUAAACAUAAUGUCACUCAAUGUAAACCUUAUUUGAUCAUUUUUACUAAAUUAAAUAAAACAUUCAACAUA